CUGGACCCUUCUCGCUGUGAGGCAACGGCGCUAACCACUGUGCCACCGUGCUGACUUUCUUUUAAUGAAACUAAAAAUGCCUUACAAUAUAUAAAGAUUAAUGUCUAAAGUAGGAACCAACAGACUUGAUGAGAGCUGACGUAAUACUGUGUUGGUUUGGAUCUGAAUAUGAGGAGCUGACAGCUGGUCUGUGGAUCCUUACUGUCCAUCCUCAAUGAGCUUUUACUGAAUAAGGUGGUGUACACUGGUGAACAAAAUGCCAAACAGCACAGAGAAUACAGAAAGGAAUUCCUGGAGCUGUUAUGAGUGAGCUAACAGUUAGUUCUCGAGCUAAUAGUAGCACUGUGAACAGCCACCAUCACCAAACUCUGUGUGUUAGAGCCCAUCUGAUGAAGACAGUGGAGCAUUUAGCAGCAAAAGAGCCAGGCAGUUCCCUCAGGAGGUGGUAGAGACUAAACACAGAGCUAAAAGUUGUUUUUGUUAUUGCAGGUUUAAUGUUAGGUCUCACUAGUGAAGUACUGGAAGUGGAAAUUAAAUGUUAUUGUGAUGCAGAUGAUGCUCUGUAGAGCAGAGCCUCCCUGCUGGCCUGGAUUCAAUAAUCAGUGACCUGUAAGAGAAACUAGGGACAAACAAACUAAGGUCAUCGACCACAGAGAUUUAGACUCUAUGAGUGGCAGCAGCCCCCAUCCUCCUCAUUCAUUCUCAUCAGACACCAUGUCUCGCUGUCUCCCCGUCUUGCUGCUGCUGGUCCUGGCCUGCCUGGCCUGGCUCGGGUCAGCUCUGCCUGUCGACAGCCUGGCUGAGCUGAAGAAGGUGCAGACCACCCUGGAGGAGCUGAAGGCCGAGAGACGAGCAAUGAACCAACGUCUAGAGACGGCUGAGAGUGAACUAAAGAGUGUGAGAGAAACGCCUAAAGUUGCGUUCGCUGCCUCACUGGGAGGAAACGGCCUGGUGAAGGCGGGCUUUGAAUCCAAAAACCUAAUCUACACGGAAGUCCUGACCAACGUGGGUGGGGCUUACAAUGCUGAAACAGGUGAGUUCACUGCACCUGUCCGUGGAGUCUACUACAUCCGCUUCACAGCCAACGCCCCCACCAACUUCCUCAUGAGUGCUGUGCUCUACAAAAACAAUGCAGUCCAGCUGAUUGUCCACGAGCAGCCGUCUGGCGAGGGCAGUGACACGGCAUCCAAUGGUGCUGCCCUGCUGCUGGAGCGGGGUGACAAGUUGAAGCUGAUGCUGUGGCCCAACACUCAGAUCUGGGACAACAACAACCACCACAGCACCUUCAGUGGCUUCCUGCUGUACCCCAUGAUGGAUGAAGCUCCAACAGAGGUUGGCGUCGAAGCAGAGCUGAAAAUUCUUCAGGCUUCACUAAAGCAGCUUCAGACUGAAAACGAGGGUGUCAAAGAGAGACUGGAAGCCACAGAGAGGGAGCUGAAGGCCAUCAAAGACGUACCAAAGGUGGCGUUUGCUGUCUCGCUCGGAGAUAAUGGUCUUCAGAAGACGACAACAGGAAGCAGAGUCCUCAUCUACAAGGUCGUCCUGACCAAUAUCGGAGAGGCGUACAACUCUGAGACAGGUGUGUUCACUGCACCUGUUCGUGGAGUCUACUACAUCCGCUUCACAGCCAACGCCCCCACCAACUUCCCCAUGAGUGCUGUGCUCUACAAAAACAAUGCAGUCCAGCUGAUCGUCCACGAGCAGCCGUCUGGCGAGGGCAGCGACACGGCAUCCAAUGGUGCUGCCCUGCUGCUGGAGCGGGGUGACACGCUCUCCAUACGGCUGUGGGACAACACUCAGAUCUGGGACAAUGACAACCACCACAGCACCUUCAGCGGCUUCCUGCUGUUCCCCAUGUGAGGAGUCCACAGAGACCUUCACAUCUAUAUUCCUGCCCUGAUAAAGUGUGACUGAAAGUCAUCUUUGGAAGCUUAGUCCAAAUAAAAAGGAAAACUCAGCUUGUUCAAGUUCCUUGAAUUAUUCAAACACAGCGUCUCUUUCGGUUUCAUUAAGAUAUCUGCAGUGUAACAACAACCUGGGGUGGAAAGUGACACAGCUGAUUGAGUUUCUCAUUUUAAAACAGAAAAAAUACUUAAUUUUUGUAGCUGAAGGUGGAGCUAUUGCAUCAGUAAUCAUACAAAAAUGUCAUAACAAUAUAACACUCACAGUGGCCGUUACUUUUGAUACAUGAAAGGAUAAGGUUGGUCAUUUUCUAUAUUGAUAGUGUUCAGCAAUCUCCAUACAGACUACCACUGAAAACUGAACUGCCUCUGCUCAUGGUUAAUGUCCAUCAGUCCUGGAUCAGCUUGUUCUUCUGUGCCGUAGACCUCCGUGGUUGUUCAGAAACAAUUAACACCGUGACACGUUUGUUCAUUACAAAUCCGCAGACCCAGCUAUGUUGUCCCAAAGGCUCUGAAUGGCCAUAAUCAUCUGCGACUGUGCAAGAUCUUUCGCAUCUUCUCUGCUUUGUUUACCUUCCAUCAGCUCGUCACGCUCAGGUCUGGCGUUUAUUAAACCAGUUCUACACUGUGAUUUAAAAUGUGUGUUACGAUACAAAAAAAAGAAGCCCAAUAUAAUCUACUGGGGGAAAAAAAAGGAUUUUAUGUCAGUUUACAAAACAUGUUUUCAUCACAAAAACCCAGCAGAAAAAUCCCCAGUGCCUCUGAAAGCUCCAGCGCACAGUGUCGCUCAGGCCAACUACACAGCUGCUCCAUGAUGAUCCAAGACCUCUCUGGCUCCAAAAACACCCCAGUCUGAUUCUGCUCAUUGGUUGGUUUCAGCUGUUAUUUA